CACAAGGGGAUUCCCCAUGAAAAGUAGUUCCGGUCAAUAAUCGUGUCAACGUCACUUAAAUUUUGUUGAAAACUGAACGGCUCAUGUCAGCAGCAAAUACACCAAUAACAUCACCGGAAAUCCCUUAACUUCAAAAUAAGGAUCUAUUCAGACAUCUUUUUCAUACUGGAAUUAUAUUUGGUACAUAUGUAGUUAGAGGUAGUGCUCAGGAUAUAUGAUUAUUGCGAUAUUUUAAUGUUUGACCUCCAUUUGACCACGCAUUUCCGCCAUACUGCAAAUGAAACAGACAUUUUUGUUCACAGUGUUACCAUCUCUUCAGAAACCAUCAGACCAAUGAAGUUGAAACUUCAAAAACAUUUUCCUUCCCCAAAUCAUGCCACCCCCGUUUGUUCAAGAGAUCAGCCGUAGACAUCCUUGUUUUCAAAUCGUCAGUGUAGUGUAGUGUUUAGUGUAGAUUUUAGUCCUUUUUAUCUAUGGAGAAAUACUUGAAUAUUAAUGCUGACAGUAACGUUUUUCAAAUGUGUGUCUUUGUGGACAUUUUAAUGUUUUGACUACAUUCUCAUGUGAGCUUCAGUGCCGUUUCCAUAAGAAGAAACGUCCUGCAAUUAAAGUUGACAGUAUCGUUCCAGGGUGUCCGCCGGGUAACUUCGGGUGGAAAUGUAAGUUCCAGUGUGCGUGUCGGCGAGGGCCAUGUGACAAGAACACCGGGUGGUGCGAGUCUGGCUGUCAGGAGGGGAAAUAUGGUGUCGGCUGUCAGCUCGUGAAUGAGUGCUUGUACGACGCCCAAGGUGUGAACUACACUGGGACACUUGGUGUCGGUAAUGAAGGAAAGAAGUGCAUGAGCUGGUCAGAUCCUUUUGUGCAAGGGGAAGGAUAUACACUCGACAAAUUUCCCCCUGGUGACAAUCCCAAGAACUACUGUCGUAAUCCUAAAAACAUCUACGGAAAAUAUGGAGUCAAGCCAUGGUGUUUCUUCUCCACUCUCCUGAAGAAGAAUUUCGUGACAUGUGGGGAGUUGAAGCCAUGUUCAUGUCCAGAUGGUCUGUUUGGGGCUGGCUGCCAAUCUGUUUGUCACUGUCGGACUGUAGAUGAGGUGUGUAACAAGUUGUUCGGAAGCUGCACCUCGGGCUGCGCAGCGGGAUGGACUGGUCUCAACUGUCAGAGAACGUGUCCGGAGGGCAAGUACGGCCAGGACUGUGCUCAGACAUGUGGCCACUGUUACCAGAAGUCGUGUGACCCAGAGUAUGGGGAGUGUCAGAAAAACUGUGAGGAAGGGUACAGUGGACUGUACUGUACAGAUAAAUGUCCCAAUUCACGCUACGGACGCAACUGUGAAGGAGAGUGUGGCAAAUGUCAAGAUGGAGAGCCCUGUAAUAAGAACACUGGAUUCUGUUUUCGAGGCUGCAGUAAUGGAUACAAAGGAUACAAGUGUGAUGAAAAAUGUCCCCCGGGACUGUAUGGCAAGAGGUGUAAGCUGAACUGUGGCUACUGCAAGUCUGGCACCACGUGUGAUCACGUGACAGGCACAUGUCUCAGUGGAUGUCAAGCAGGGAAAAUGGGAGAUUACUGUACGACGGGUAUCACGGCAUCGGCGGAAGGGAAGAUAAUAGGGAUUAGUUCAGUCGUCGUCAUCGUCCUCAUCGUCACAAUCACCUUCGUGUUGGUGGCCUUCAGAUGCAGGUCAAGGGAUGAACAACAGGGGUGCAAGGAUCAGUACCACGUCUACUGUGAAAUACAUGACCAUGAAUCCGAAAGCAAAUCAACUUUCCAUGUUCCUCUCCAACAAGAACGACAGUUAGACGCUGAAGGGAUAUACGAAAACAUAUACGAACAAAUAGAUGACCUGCGUCUCUCACCGUCACCUGAUACAAGAACACCAGUUCCAAGGGGGGCAUCUGGUUAUGAUGCACUGGCACAUGAUAUUUUUAUCAAUGCUUCGUUUCCUUGUAUCUGCAUCUUGUUGUUUCUAUUGAUAAAAAAAUACACGGAGACUACGCGAACAGUCAGUUUCAGUUUAAUUACUAGGGGUAAUGAAAUGACCCACCGAAAGUGUCCCCCCUGUGUCGUAGGUAAACGUUCUGUGAAUUUACGUCGUAUGCUACAAACAGUAUUGGUCUUCACUAUUGCGACUCAUGAAGGUACACCUUACCAGUUGGAUCCGUCUUGCUCUGACUGUGGCGGUAACGACGUGGGUUGUUUCAAGGGUGUAUGUCUGCCACGGUGUGCUUCUGUGACGUCGUCUGGAGAGUGUGACCAGUGUCGGGACUCCAGGUUCUAUGGAACACAGUGUCAGAAUGACUGUCCAGACACCUGUCUCAACUCUCGCUGUCGGAUUAACAACACCCGUGUUGUGUGUACAGAUGGAUGUGUGGCCGGCAAGAAGGGAGACAAUUGUGAGGUGGACUGUCCAAAGGGAUGUUCAAACUGUUCCAGAUACAACAGUAGCUGUUUUGGACAAUGCAAACAUAACUUUUAUGGUCAGGACUGUCACAAAUGCCCAGUAAACUGCAACGAUGGUUGUGACAGACAGACCGGCGUGUGUAACGGCUGUAGACGUGGUUGGAGGGGCAACUACUGUGGUGCAAACUGCCCACGGUGUGAGGACUGUGACAAUGCAGAUGGGUGCAAACAAGUAUGCUCAGGCGCGAAGUAUUACGGUGUAAACUGUCAACAUCGAUGUCCGAUCCAGUGUGAUGGGUGCAACUCGUCAACAGAAGAGUGCAAAGUGUGCAAGCCAUGCAAGGGUGUACUUACACUAUCAACAGGCACAACUUCCAUGCCGAGUAUGCAAAAAGAAUCAAAUGAGACACUAAAGCUAGUGUGUGCUGUCUUGGGAACACUUCUCUUCGGAACAUUUGCAUUGAUAUUGUACAAGCGAUGUUCAAAGCGUAUCAGGCUCCAUCAAAGACCUAUAUGGAGCCCGAGACGACUGUCUGAGACGGGAUCAGCAUCAGGGCGUGCUCCAGAUGCUGGCGGCUACAGUGGGUCCAGUUGGUACAGGUAUUGGGAGAUCAAGGAUGAAGACAUUGACUCUGGUGCAGAAACAACAACGUAUGCCAAAGACAAAACCGGUACCCUAGCAGAUAACCACAAAGAAAACAUCUCACCUGAGCUUCCGAACCCUUAUAUGUUGGCAAGAAGUGCUGUCGAGAAGGAUAGGGACAUUGUCAAAGAUGAAACUGAUCAUUGCAAGAUCAACGAGCUAGUUAACAGGAAUACUUUCUUCAGUGUACGCCGUGCAGUUUCAUGUGACAUGGGAAAGCCAGACAGACCAGAUGAAACAUCUGCUCAAAGAUCACAUUCUGAUAGUGAAACUAUUUUGCUUUCGAACCAAGAGAAUGAGUUAAGUUUUGACUCGGCAACUAUAUUUGUACUAACAUGUGAUGUGACUGAUGUCCAUGUUAAAUAUAUCACGACAGCAGUUGUGGAAACUUCCAGAGAUUCUGUCGUUUGAUCAAUCACCACUGGGGAUUUCAACAUAAGAAUGUUUUUCGUAAGAACAAUUCCGACUAUCUGUCUGUAACUACUUUGUUUUAAAAAAUAAACA